CCUCUUCGUCCUUUCUUCUCUCUGUGCAGUGCAGGCUUCUGCGCCUAGAACUCUGCAAGCUACGCGCUCUGAUCAGAGGCACUCAACUCUCUCCAACAAGACAUUGAGCUGCCCGCGGUCAACGGAAGGGUAGUGAUUACACCUGAUGUGCUGCUACUGUCUUACGAAUUUUGCAAUAUGUACACAGCGAUAGACUUGUAGACCGUUUGGAUUUGGACAUAAGCUGUGGAGCGUUGGAGGAUAAAGGAAAAGUGCCGAAGUGUUUUUCGAGCCGCGUGUCCACACGUGGCUGCAGUAGAGGGGCUUUAAAGUACAGUUGCGGUCUUGCAGAGAUGCUGAAGACAGUGUUUUUUAAAUCACUGACGACUUAAAGCGCGAUCAGCCUGGAGAAGGGCUGAACUUUCCGAUUCGGCGAGACUUGAAUAAGCAAACAUCAGCACAAAAAGUCAAGAGAAAAAAAAACACGCGCAAGGGGCUUUGCCCAAAAGAAGUCCAUAGAUAUUAUCAAGAAACCAAUAUUGGUUGUAUUGUUUUUUUUUCUUUCUAAAAGGUUACCUCAUCAACCACCAACAUUUCUCCCAAAAGCAGACAAGAGGAUCGCCCUGCGCUGACGAGACUGGUCGGCAGGAAGCGGCUAAUAGCGGCUGGAGUGCUCGGAGUCGUCAUGGUGUUGGUGCUGGUGAUUCUGAUCCCAGUUCUGGUUAACUCUGCUGGAACGUCAGCACACUAUGAGAUGCUGGGAACCUGCAGGAUGGUGUGUGAUCCUUACGGAACCAAGUCACCAACCAGCACUGCUACGGCAGACACGGUGCGAGGAGACAAUAGCCUCAUGCAGUCUUUGCCAACUUUUAUACAAGGACAAAAAGGAGAACCGGGUCGUCCGGGAAAGGCUGGACCCAGAGGCCCCCCGGGUGAACAGGGCCCGCCAGGACCUAUGGGGCCACCCGGGGAGAAAGGCGAGCCGGGACGACCAGGACUACCGGGGCCACCGGGACCCAAUGCCGCGGCAGGGGCGAUCAGCGCAGCCACUUACAGCACUGUUCCCAAAAUCGCAUUUUACGCGGGGCUUAAAAAGCAACAUGAGGGCUACGAGGUGUUGAAAUUCGACGAUGUGGUCACAAACUUGGGAAACCAUUACGACCCCACAACAGGAAAGUUCACCUGCUCCAUACCUGGGAUAUACUUCUUCACUUAUCACGUCCUUAUGCGUGGAGGGGACGGAACCAGCAUGUGGGCAGAUCUCUGCAAAAACAAUCAGGUUCGAGCCAGUGCCAUAGCCCAGGAUGCUGACCAGAACUAUGACUACGCCAGUAACAGUGCCGUGCUGCAUCUGGAGCCUGGGGACGAGGUCUACAUCAAACUGGAUGGGGGGAAGGCCCACGGGGGCAACAACAACAAGUACAGCACCUUCUCUGGAUUCAUCAUCUAUGCAGAUUAGGAGUUAAUGGACCUAGCCUCAGCGCUCAUUCAGCUGAACGGCCUCACCUGUCAAUCACGCGGAACAAUGUCUCCACGAUAUGUCUUGUUGUAACUGUAGGACUUAAAUUCAAGUCCUCCUUACAAUCUAAACCAUCAUUCACCUACCCGCAGAUUGUAUGGGACCUAGCCUCAACUGUUAAUACUCAGUUACAUACCUACAGAUCAUCUUGUAUAGGACCUAGCCUCACCUGUUAAUUCUCGGUUGCAUACCUACAGAUCACUACCCAAGUAUACGCAGUGUGUUACGUGUGUUACGCUGCCAAUAACCCCCCCCCCAACCCCCACCCCGCCGUAACACAUUUCCCUAGAGGGUGGGGUCUGAUUCUGAUUGAACUGAAGGCUGGUGAGUGCUGGGCUGUACUUGUCUGGGGAAAGUGUCCUCCAAUCUUACUACUGAAUCCAAAACUACUUGAGGGAACUGCCUGGGUGUACAGAAAUUAAGUGGUACGACAGAAAAAAAACCAUCCUAACAUAAAUUUCAAGUCAUACCGAUGUUUUGGCCUUCCUUCUACCACCAAAGCAGUAAAACGGUGCAUAUCUUUGUUUAUGUAGCUAAUAACACAAAGCUUAAUUCUGUGAUGAUGGGAGUUUUUUAAAUCACAGAACCUCAAAGAUGAUUGUGUGCAAUAAUCCACGUAAAAAAAAAAAAAACGGUUGUCCUUGUCUGUGUGUGUUGUGUUAAAACCUACGGCCCUCAUACAAGAAAAUACUUUCUGAGGGUUGCCAAGCAACUCGGAUACUCAAAUGUUGGAGAAUGGUUAUGGGGGGUGGGGGUUUGUAGGGGUAUAGGGACAAUCUUAAACCUGGUGUCAGUUCAUGGUUUGGGGUCGGACUGUUGGUAUGGUGAAAUAACUUGUAGUUCUUUGAGUAGGUGGGGCCAAAUGUAUCCCUUCAUUCAUUAGGCUUUGAGUAAUAAAAAGAAAAACUUAUAGGGAUAUUUUACCCAAAUUGCCACAAUGUCGUUAUAUACAUUUAUUUGGGUUACUAAAAAUCCCUUUAAUAUAAAGUCCCUUUCAUAUGGUUACAGCAGACUCAGCCUUUUUGUUUACAACAUUAGCCUGUAGACAUAGCUUCUAUUCAGUAUUUCUUAUUUUGAUGAAGGUCAAAACGAGACUGAUUGGUUCUUCAAGUAACUGUCCAGUGAAAACCUUAUUUUUAAAAGUUCAUUUUCAAAACAAAAUUGUUGACUCACCCUAUACUAAUAUUUUCUGCCAAAGCAUGAGUACUUCAAAACCCCCAGAACAAUGCUUGCUAUUUCAGCAUAAAGGAUGACCUCUUCCUGCUGAUGAAAAUGAACAGGACAAUCAGUAGUCUACUAACAUGAAUAUUGUUAAUGCCUGAUGCGCUUUCCAUUCAGUUGUUUGGGUAUGACCACACAGUAUCAACACGGUAAAAAAGCUUUUUAACAUAAUUUAUAAAAAUGAUUUUUGAACCUUUUCACUCAUAUUGUGAUUUAUUAUAGCGCAUCUUUUAUUGUAUUUAUUCAAUCUGGAAACACAAGACAGUUACUUUAAGGCUAUUUAGGUCCUAUUGUCUCCUGACAGAUAUUGUAAAGAAUUGUCUGCCGUUUUUUUGGAAUGAAAGUCGUGUUGGUUUUACACCACCUGAUGUAAAACAAUGCUUAGCUGCAUUAGUUUCCACACAGGAGUGAAGCACUGUACCGGAAUGCUACUGAAAGAAAGCACAAUGCAGAACAAGGAGUAUGGCUUCUAUGUAAAUGUAUAUGUACGUAUCUUAAAGAGAGCUUAAGAGUGUGGAUAGCACCACCAAAUUAUUGUGUAAAUAUUGUAGUGAUUAUGAAAUUGUUCUUAUUUUUGCCCCUAUAACUGUACAAAAUGUUAAAAGAAAGAGCCCAGGUUAGAUAACCUACCGCUUCGUGUUAGAACCAUUGUCUAACUUAAUGGACAUGCAUUACUUGAUUGUCCGUUUGAGUCCUAUCGUUACCGAUAUGUGUGUUCUGUAGAUAUAAUAUAUGUGUGACCAAGGCUGUGUAUGAAAUGGCACCCUAUUACCUGUUCCCUUUAUAGUGCACUAUUUUUUACAUGAACCCUAUGGGCCUUGGUCAGAAGUAACUGCACUAUAAAGGAAAUAGGGUUCUCUUCCAGACAGUCUGUGUGUUCAGAACACGUUUUAUUUCCCUGGACACUUUUCACCUGUGUACUGUUCGCUCAAAACAUGUUUCCAUUAAAUGGAGAAAUCGAAUCAGAUUAUCAGAUAACUGUAUUCAUUUAUUUUUCUGAUUAAUAAUGCAUAUUACAAUAUGACCAU